ACAGCUCUACACACACACACACACACACACACACACACACUCGGGCUUCCUGUAUCACACCUUCUCUGUGCAGUUUUCAUCCCGCGGCUCCUCGGACUUCUCCUCGGUCUCCGUGUAGAGAGAAAAUGCAGGCCAUUAAGUGCGUCGUGGUUGGAGAUGGUGCUGUGGGUAAAACAUGUCUGCUGAUCAGUUAUACCACCAACGCUUUCCCCGGAGAGUACAUCCCCACUGUGUUUGAUAAUUACUCUGCCAAUGUGAUGGUGGACAGCAAACCUGUGAACCUGGGACUGUGGGAUACAGCAGGACAAGAGGAUUAUGACAGGCUCCGCCCCCUGUCCUACCCACAAACGGAUGUGUUUCUCAUCUGUUUCUCUCUGGUCAGUCCAGCAUCCUUUGAGAACGUCAGAGCUAAGUGGUACCCCGAGGUGCGGCACCACUGCCCCUCUACACCCAUCAUCCUGGUUGGCACCAAGCUGGAUCUCAGGGACGAGAAGGAGACCAUUGAGAAGCUGAAAGAGAAGAAACUGGCUCCAAUCACCUACCCACAAGGCCUUGCUCUGGCCAAGGAGAUCGAUGCGGUGAAGUAUCUGGAGUGCUCGGCUCUGACCCAGCGUGGACUGAAGACGGUGUUUGAUGAAGCGAUCAGAGCCGUACUCUGCCCCCAGCCCACUAAAGUGAAAAAGAGCUCCUGCUCACUGCUCUGAGAUCUUCAGGAGUUGAUGAGAUGAGAAGAUCAACUGAAAUCCUUUAGGUGGAGUUUUAUUACAGCAGAGAUACAUGUGUGAUGGUUUCAUUCUGCAAUAAUAAUAAUAAUAAUAAGAAGAAGAAGAAGAAGAAGAAGAGUAGAUAUUGAAGGUGUUCUGGUGUUUAUUUGCAGAGCAGAAGUGAGAGUGUGCUUUUAGACAUGACCUGAUGUUGUAUUGUGUAUUUUUCUGUGGAUAUAAAAAAUCCUUUAUUUUUUCUCGGUAUAAAACGUGGGUGUAGUUUAACCCGAAAACCCCAUGAUGUUCUGGAUGUUUCUGUUUUUAAUCUCUGUAGAACAUAUAAAAUAAAUAAAGCUGAAACAGGAGCUCA